AUGGCUUCUUGCCUUGUCCCGGACUUCCCGGCCGUCAUGGUUGCUCUUGAGCAUUUAAAGGAACUGGACAAGCAGCUGAAAGAGGACCGAGUGCCAUUCUCACCUGAAGCCAGCCUCCAUCUGACAGAGAUAACCGCUGCCAUCACUGAGCUGGAGGCGGACAGGCGCGCUGCCCAUGAACACCUAGAGGUGGAAACCAUAGAGAACAGCAAGCUGAGACACCAGAUUAACAACAUAAGAGAAAGGAUGAGUCAGGAGAUCAUGGCUGACAUAGCAGCAGCCAGAGCGUCUAAUGCUGAAGAGAUCGAGCAGCUGCACAAAGACCUCAACGCUGUUUCUCAGCUGCAAGAAGCCGCCGCAAAGAGGCAGGAAGCCUUCUUCAGUCAAAACCAAGCACUGUGCCCAGAGCGAGAGCAGGCGAAGGCCGAGCACGAAGAGGUCGUCGCUUCUCUGAACGAACAGAUCACCUUAAAGUACGCUCUGCAGAUGGAGCUGGAUAAGACGCUGGGGCAGAUAGAGGAGAUGAAGUCCUGUGCCGCUGCUGCCGAACAGGACAAAAUAAGACUGCAACAAGACAUGGUGCUGGAGGGAGAGGCUUUCACUGUGAGGAAAGACAACCUGAGCAGAGACGUGUGCCAGGUCGAGGGGGAAAUGAAGGAGCAGAAGCAAGCGAUCGAGAGGAGCAGAAAAGAGUUGGACAUGGUUAACGACAAGAAACGAGAAACACAAGAAUGUCUGGGCGAGCUCGUGACUCACAUGGCCAAGCUGGAGGGCAGCUUACGGAAAAUGACAGCAGCUCGGUGCCAGUACGAGAAACAGCUGGAGGGGGAGAUACAAAAGCAUCAAGAACUGAGACAACAGAGAGAAACGCUGAAGAAGGAUCUGUGUGAGUUAAGGGAAGCCUUCAGCGUCACCAUCCAGCAUCUCAAAGAGGAAAUUGCCACAGUGGAAAGUAAAAUAGAGGAAGGUCACGCAUCAGGAUUGGUCUAUCAAGACUCGCUGACGCAGAUCUAUGAGAUCUUCAAGCAUCAGUGCGACGAGGAGGACGACGUGAGGGCAGAGCAUUUCAAAGUGUCACAGAAGAUGCAGCAAUCCAAGCUACAGCUGGAGGAGCGCAUUGCCUCCAUAGUGAAACACAGCAAGGAGAUCAAAGAGAUGGACAAGCAGAUCACAGAACUCCUGGAAACCAACACCAUCAACCAGCGCGUGUUUGAGAGGAAUCAGGAAGAGAUGUGUGAUAACAUGGACACCGAGAAGAAGAACAUCAACCAACUUGAGGAGGAGAGGAGGCGGCUGAAGAUGCUCUUGGAGGAGGCGAAGAGGAAGCAGGAGGAGCACGUGGCAAAAAUGACUUCCGAUAUCGGCAGCACCAGGAGGAGAUACGAGGAGCUCCGACAAGAGGAGGCAGCGCUCCAUCGGCGGCAGCCCAAGAGCACAGAUGCCGACUUGCUGAAGAGCCACAUUACUGAGUGUGAGGUGGAGUACAGACAACAAGAGACCAAACACCAUCAGGACAUAGAGCAGUGCACUGCAGAAACAGAGAGCAUCACCAGGAGCAACAAGAAGAAGCAGAGGGAGGUGGAGGAGGAAGAGGCAACACUAAAAGAGGUGGAAGCAAAGUGGAACGAAGAGCAGUGCAAGAACCAGAGGCUGAAAACGCUGACCUCGGAGCUGAAGAGGAAGAGGUCUGACCUGGAGCAGUCGAUUCAGGGCCUGAAGGAGAAAACCAGCUCUCUGCUUCACCCCAAAGAGAAGAUGAAGGCUGAGCUGGAGGAGAUGAGGGGAAGUCACAUGGACACGCUUGGCAAACAGGCCUCAGAGCUGAGAGCCGCAGAGUUGAGCAUCUAUGACAGCAGAGUGAAACUGGAGCAGGUCAGCAUGGAGAACAGCAGACUGCAUCUCCGCAUCAGACAGAUGACAGAGGGUGUUAGUGCAGCCAGAGAGGACAAAGAGCGAUACUGGCGGGAGACCAUCCAGUUCCAGCAGGAAGUCAAAGCUUUGCUUGAGAGUUUACAGGAAGCAUGGAGAGAGGAUUUCUCCAUAACUCAGGACAGUCAGAGCAGAGACGGAGACCUGUUGGCGUUGAUGGGUGCUCUGAUGAGCCACCUGGAGACCAGGAGGCAACAGCUACGAAAUGUCAGCACACUCGUACACCAUCAGAUGUUACAGUUCAGCAAACGACUGGGAGAAAAUAUAGAACAGAGGAGCUGA